CCGAGGCAUUUAUUGUUAGUUUGACACAUUGCAUCGAUGUUUAUUCAUUUUGUCGAUGAUUUUCAUCCCUCGUUCGAGAUCAAAUGAUGCCCCUCGGGUGUAAAAAAAAAUGCACGAGUUGAAAUCCGCCAAAAUCCAGCCGCCAGUAGUCGUCGCGCUGUUGUUGUUGUCAAAUUUACCGCUAGUUGCCAAAUGUUUCAGUGAAAGUGAGAAUUAUGUCUUUGAGUACAAUCAUCCGAGAAACUGCAAGAGCAGCGAGUACUUUGACACCGAGACCUUUUUGUGCGUCGAGUGCGACCUCAAGAAAAAUUUGGAACCAUCGGAAAAUGGUCUGUCGUGCGCGUGCAACGAGCACAGCAGAAAAAUCGGGUACGAGUUUGAUUUGCCAAAAUGCGAAGCGUGCCAAUUGGGUACUAUUUUGACUUCUGACAAAAAAAGCUGCAUUCCCUGCAGGAGAGGGGACAAUUUCACCUGCAGUUGUGCCAUGAACGAAGUCAAAGUUGAAAGAGACGCGAACGGUGAUUUGUUGAAAGCGCUGAGGUGCGUCCAGUGCUCGGAUAACAGUUACCCAUCGUCGGAUGGUACGAGGUGCAUUGCCUGUCACAACGCGACGACGACCAGCCACGUGAACUGUGCCUGUCCACUGACGACUCACGUCAGGAUCGAGGAUUACUGCUUUCGCAAACACGAGAUCGACCUGAUGGACGUGCGCAGCACGUACUUGGUCCAAUUUGCGGGAGAUAGCGUUGACAGCUACUACUUUAGGAAGGAGCUCAGGCUGUCCAUGUAUCUUUGCAAGGACGGCGACAGAACGGCGUGCGAGCGUCUGGCCAACAUGUGCGCCCUGACUCUGACGGACAAGAGCAUAGCCUGCAAGGUGUCAAAGACCAAGCAGGACAACUCGUUCACGUGGAGGUUUUACGAAACUGGUAGCGGCCCGGUUGUCACCAACGACGAGAUUAUCCCCGUCAAGUACACUUUGAACAAAAACGACGAGAACAGCCACUUGAACUUUACGAUAGCCACGUACUCCCUCGACGGGGACUUGAGGUACAUAGACACGCCGAAUUUGUUUUGCACGUUUUUGAGCAGCGUCAGGUUCGGGAUCAACGUUCACAUGGAGUGCAAGGUUUACGCCAAAGAAUUGACGACCAGGGAGGUGAAUUUUUUCGUCCCGUACUUGCUCUACACCGACAAGGGGAAAUCUUACUUGAGCGCCUUGCCCGUCUAUUCCAAGAGCAAACAAUGGGCACCCAUGAAAAAAUUCUUCCUCGUCGAUAGCAUAUCCAGCUACAAAGCAAUACCAAAUUUAGUCGAUGACACUUUCAAACGCGACGACGAAUUGUCCAUCCUCCGAUACGUCAAAUCAAUGGAAAUAAGAAUCAAAGUACAAAACGACCGAGACGGGGGACACAUAUACACGCCGGUGAUCAGAAUCGAAUACGACGAGUUGAGAAAGCAGGAGAUACAAGAGAACAAGCAAGUGAACGUUGAAUAUCGGGUCACUUUUGUACUGCUGAGGAAACACUCGAACAACAUCAUCGAGAUCGCCAUCGGCGUACUGUCGUCUUUAGCGGUAGCCUACUCGGCCCUGAAAGCCUGGAGCUACUGCAAGCGCAACUUCAACGGUGUCCUGACGAUCGGCGUGGUGGUCUGGUUCUUCGUUUACUGCCUGGGUGCCGUGUCCAACGUCCUGCUGCUCGUCUGCAUAAGCGCGUGCAUCUACACCUUCGUCUUCUACAAGGGCCAGACUGUCCUGCACAUGCUCCUGCCAGCCCACAACGUCGAGAGGAAAAUUUACAUCUACACCAUACUCGCGCUCAGCGGCAAGAUAAUCGAGAUCCUGGCGUUGAUAUACCGCCAAAGCGCGAUAAGCGUGUUUUUCAUGGACUGGGAGCAACCACGGGCGAUCCCAUCGUCGACGCGCUACGACUCGCCGCACACGUCCUUGAAGAAAUUGUACGGCAAUCGGUUCGAGCCCGACGGCGCUUCGACCAGGACGCCACCGCCAACAGCUACGAGGAGGCGGUCCUCGGAUGCCGUGGCCUCGGAGACCCCUCGAGAUCCCGAGGCUCCCGCUCCACCUCCUGUUCCUUCUGUCGAGGACGUUGAGCAAAAGCACGCCGAGAUUCUUGGCAUCGACGACAACGACGAGGCGACGGCUGUGCCGAGCAAGGUGCACCAGCUGCCCGUGAGCAUUUGGAGGACGUACUUCGUGGCCAACGAGUGGUUCAAGAUACAGACCAAGAGAAGGAUCAGCAUCGCCCUGCAGAUCACCUUCACACUGUUUAUGCUCGAGAUAGUAGGUCUCAAGUACUGGACGCAAGCGACGCCGGAAUUGCAGAUAGACGUGAUCGAGAGCCACAAGACGACCGAGAAGAGCUUCACCCUGAGAUACGGCGUCGGGGCGUUGGUUUACGUGGUGUGCUAUUGCGCCCAGUGGAUCGUUUCUGUGACUUUUUACGAGAGGUACGUGAAAAAUCGGCUCCAACAUUUCGUCGAUCUCUGCUCGGUGGCCAACAUCAGCGUCUUCAUAUUUGCCUACGAUUACUACGGAUACUACAUUCACGGGAGGUCGGUCCAUGGAUACGCCGAUACGGAUUUGGAAACGUUGAUCGACGAUUUGAAGAAGGAAGAGGGCAAUCUCUGCGCCCACAGAGGCCUGAUUCCCGGAACGACUAAUCAAACCUUCAUUGCUUCGUUGUCCUCGUCGUUUCGAGAAAUAUAUCAAAAGCUGCUGGACCUGCAAAACUCGAAUGAAAAUAAAUCGAGACGGGAUGUUUUGGCCCCGCUGAACUGGGAUAUGCUUGAAAGUCCAUUCCAAGAUGAAAAAGUUCUUGACGGCUUUUGUCGACCACUGUUUCAAGGAUCUGGAUUACACCAUCAAAGAGCGUUUGCUGUUGGAACAACUGUGCGACAUUGAAAUGAGCAACACCGACGACCAAUCGACAUUUUACAUUGAUAACAACAACACCUUCGAUCGAGUGAUAUUUUACGGUAACGAGUGGACCCUUGGAACAUUCGAGAUCGCCGUAUUCGUGUUU